CGUCUGCAAGUGAAGAAAAUGAAUGAUUGUUGAUUGAUUGCUGAAUAUUGAAAUAAAAUUUCUAUUCUACUUCUCGGACGCUUUUGAUUCCUCAGGCUUUAUUAGAUUCUUCUAUUUUAUUUCCCUCACAAUCCUGAUCUCUGUUCUGUUUGUGUUCCUCGUCGUCCUCGUCUCUCUUGCCGAUGGCAUAGCGCUAAAGUCCCGACGACCCUCUCUCUCUCUCUCUCUCUCUUUUGCUUUCCACCUUACUCUCUGCGAUCUAAUCUAAGUUGGGGUAUUUGAUUGAAACGUGGAGAUUAGAAAGAGAUCGUCGAAAGUAGUUGAUUAACAAAGAAGUUGGGGUAUUUGCUUUCCAUCUUACCUGCGGCUCCUUUCUCGACUAAGCGCGUUAAGGUCUGUUUCUUGUAACCUGUUGUUACUCUUGGUUUUCAGUUCAAGAUUUUUCAGAGAAGAUAUACAAAAGGUCUCAGCGAGCUUGCUAGGGUUUCUCCGAAGGUUUUAAGAUCAGCAACCGCUAGAGAUCGAAGCCCGGAAUUUGGAGCCACUUUGUUCCUAUAAAUAUAUAUCUGAUCUGAUCAGAGAUUAUGCGUAUUUGUAUAGAGAACGAGGGAAAGGAAAGGAAGAUGAAUGGAUUUUCCCGGGAAUUUUAGGGUUUUUUAAGCUGGAUUGUCUUGGUGGAGCCUUUUAUCUUGUUUAGGGUUUUGCUUUCUAUGCAAUUCGUUGGAAUAGGAAGAUGUAUAGCAAUUUCAAGGAGCAGGCUAUAGAAUACGUGAAGCAGGCGGUUCACGAAGAUAAUGCGGGGAAUUACAGCAAGGCCUUUCCCCUUUAUAUGAAUGCCUUGGAGUACUUCAAGACCCACUUGAAGUACGAGAAGAAUCCUAAGAUUAAGGAAGCAAUUACUCAGAAAUUCACUGAGUACUUGAGGCGGGCUGAGGAGAUCCGGGCUGUUCUUGAUGAGGGAGGAGCUGGCCCUGGUUCGAAUGGUGAUUCUGCGGUUGCCACAAGGCCGAAGACAAAGUCCAAGGAUGGAGAUGGGGGAGAUGGAGAGGAUCCCGAGCAAGCAAAGCUCAGAGCAGGCCUUAAUUCAGCUAUUAUAAGAGAGAAGCCAAAUGUCAAGUGGAAUGAUGUUGCCGGACUUGAAAGCGCUAAGCAGGCAUUGCAGGAGGCAGUUAUAUUGCCUGUGAAGUACCCGCAAUUUUUUACAGGCAAGAGACGACCUUGGAGGGCAUUUCUCUUAUAUGGUCCACCUGGAACUGGAAAGUCUUACCUAGCAAAAGCUGUUGCAACAGAAGCAGACUCAACUUUUUUCAGUGUUUCUUCAUCAGACCUUGUUUCUAAGUGGAUGGGUGAAAGUGAAAAGCUAGUGUCAAGCCUUUUCCAGAUGGCUCGUGACAGUGCUCCUUCCAUCAUCUUUAUUGAUGAGAUAGAUUCCUUAUGUGGUCAGCGUGGUGAAGGCAAUGAAAGUGAAGCUUCUCGACGUAUAAAAACAGAACUUCUUGUACAAAUGCAGGGUGUUGGACACAAUGAUCAGAAAGUUCUUGUUCUUGCAGCCACAAAUACUCCCUAUGCUUUGGAUCAGGCCAUCCGGCGACGAUUUGACAAACGAAUAUACAUUCCUCUCCCUGAUUUGAAGGCCAGGCAACACAUGUUUAAGGUACAUCUAGGAGAUACCCCUAACAAUUUGACUGAAAGUGACUUUGAAAUGCUAGCCCGUAGGACUGAAGGGUUCUCAGGUUCAGAUAUUUCUGUUUGUGUCAGGGAUGUGCUCUUUGAACCUGUUCGUAAAACCCAGGAUGCCAUGUAUUUUGUAAAGACAUCUGAUGACACAUGGGUCCCAUGUGGACCAAAGCAACCAGGAGCUAUUCAGAUUACCAUGCAGGAACUUGAAGCAAAAGGCCUUGCUUCGAAGAUUCUUCCCCCACCAAUCACAAGAAUAGAUUUUGAGAAAGUGCUUGCAAGACAGAAGCCUACAGUGAGCAAAGCUGACCUUGAAGUGCACGAGAGAUUCACAAAAGAAUUUGGAGAAGAGGGUUGAUGGAUUUGGAACAAAACACUUGCUAGCUAUGAGGACGGGUACUAUAAUUUGUAACUCGUUGCUACUGUUGGGACUUAAAGAAACAUUCAUCUUUAUAGCUUUGUCAACUAAGGAAGGUGCAUAAAAUUCUAUUUCUUUACUGCAUGAGUGGGAAAAUGCUUGUCAUAUUUGGAUUUGAUAUUUCUCUCUAAAAUUUGUGUUUCAAUCGGGAAAAAGAAUUAUGACUA